AUGGCUUCGUCAAAUGUUUCACAAUAUCAGUACAGUGAUAUUCAAACAGUUCUAGUGGACAAACUCACAGAGUGGCACAAACACUUUCCAGACGAUAGUACCAAACCCAUUCAUGUUUUACCGGUGGUUAGACACGAUGACCCGGAUCUAUUUCAAUCAUCCUUAGAAAACGAGAGCAACGAGCAUAAUGGGGAACGCAUCAUACUUAUUCCAUACUAUUUUGGGAACUCCCAUUGUACUGGAAUCCUACUGGAAUUUAAUGCAGAUGGAUCGAUCAACAGAGCUGAAUAUACAGAUCCAGUGAAAGGUACCAUACCAAACAAAUUACAAAGCCAGUUCAAAGAAGUUUAUUCGGAGAGCACUCUGCAGGUGAAAGAUUUGCCACAACAACAUGAUGCGAUGAAUAGUGCGGCAAUAACGAUUGAAAGCUUAUUAGCAGGUGUCAAUGUUGACUUAUCGAAAAUCACUCCAGUGACGUCUAUUACUUCAUCAACAAAUAACAUUCCAAACGAAGGUAACGGAAACGAACUUUAUCCCCGGUUAGAUUCCUUAGAACAUAAUUUGGAAUCACAUAACUUGCAGAAUACAGGUGGAUUGCAAAUAGGAAUUCAGAAUGAAGGUUUUGAUGAUCGAGGUGCGAGACGUUCGUAUAUUGAAAACCUUCGUACUGAUUGUAAUUCUAUGCCACCAUGCGCUGAGAAAAUAAUUUUGGAGCUUCUCAUACACUUCAACGAAAAACAGUUAGAAGGAGCUUCUUCAUUAACGAGAGAUUCAAAAAUUGAACUGUUGCAAAAACUUAGAGAACAGAUGAUACGAGAGCAAUUUUUCUCCGAAUGGGCGCAAACGAGAUUUCAAGAAUUGAAUAUAAUCAUCGAGAAUAGUAAUGAUUCAUCUGUCGUAGCUUGUUUGAGUAAGCUGUUGACACGAAUUCGUCCAUUACACGUUCAAGAAAUGCAAAGACUAGUGUUGAAAGCCAACCAAGCUGCGGAUUUAAUUCGUAAUCAAGAUAUCCUCCUUCUCUUAGGUGAAACUGGAUCUGGUAAAUCGACUAUGAUUCAAUUUUUAGCAGGAUGUCGCAUGACACAAAAGAAGGAAAAGAUCCUCGAUUGA